GACGUGCAACUCCCCGAAUCAGCAAACCUUCCCGCACCUACGGCUAUUUACCGUAUUGACGAUUUAAUUGAUCGGCACGACUAUGCAUUGUUUAAGGGUGCAACUUCGUGUUGGCACAACUAUUCAUUAUAUAUAAGGUAUUCGUCUUUGCUGUCUGUUUUCUGCAUCUUCACACGCCCACUCUACACGCUCACCAAAUACACCUCUACAUAUCUAUUCUCAAUACGAACUACUAGAACCUCAACUUCACAAUGGUUUCCUUCACCGCUCUCGCUCUUCUGGCAACUUCUGCCAUGGCCGGCCCUGUCGCUCGCCAGAUCGCAAUCCCCGAAAACUGGGAUUGGCAAGUUGAGAACUGGGAGGCUGGUUGCGGUCGAUCCGGCUGCUACUACAACUUCAACGUUACCGUACCGACUAUCAAGGGAGAGAUCGCAGGUGUAAAGGCAUACUGCCACGGCUACGAACAGGGAUACGACAACAGCUUCACCGUCCCUUCAACAUACGAGACUUGCCAGCUGCUCGAGGGUGUCAACAACGGUGUUGCUGCUAGGUUUUCUUUGAGGGAAAACGAUGGCCAAGGAUUUGGACCCAAGGAGAUUGAGGUCAGCUUCCUGUACGCUGGAUAUGAGGACCGCCCUGCCUACAACUUCUCCGGCAGCCACGAGGCCAGGUACAACCAGUUUGUUGCACCACAACUCAACUUCACCAUCACCCCUACAAAGGUGUUCGGUAUCGCAUAAACGUGGUUGUGUGAAUCGGAACGGCAGAGAGCUCCCUUAGCAACCUUAUGUCGAGUAUAGACCACAAAGAAUAAUGUUAAUGAUUAUAAAACAAAUCAACAUGAAAAACCUCGCGGUAUACGCGCGCAUAAUAUGAUGGUCGUGACUAGAGAUGCCUACCUAGGUAGUCUUUGAGCCCGAUGUUGUACUAUGCUUGAUAUUUAGCAAGCAUGCUGAGAUGUAUGUAGCUGACAAACGAUGGGCAGCAGUUGCUCAACACCGGUUACGAGCCGUCACACUUUGACUGACAACGCCUCGACACUAAAAUCCGGAGAUUAGGAAAUAGCGAUACCCGCUGAUGAACCACAUUCACAGACGACGACGGCGAGAUGUAUGCGAA